AGAGGGCGGGGCAUACAACGUGACAUAAUAACCGAGGUAGUAUAAAUAGGGUCCUGUGCAGGAUUCCCCCGCGGGUAAAGGAAUGACUGACACUACAGGCAACAACGUGCUGCUCUUGGCAGUUUAGUUCCAACCAGACCACUGAGGAUAAUAUUCCCAUCAUUCAACACCAGACUAUCAGUAUGGAGGUGUCCAGUACAACUGUCCUGCCCAUGGUCGGCCUCGGGUCCAUGGCCCACUCAGCUGGACUUGCGGAGAUUGCUGUCAGACUGUGCUUGAACCAAAGUAAACAGCUCUGUCCUCAUGUUUGGGUUCCCAUCCUGAAGCCCCUGCGCCCUUGCAUCCGCCCCUCAAUUUCAGAUCAGCUAUCCUCUGACGUCUUGAGCCGAGCCUAUCUGACCAACCCCUUCCCAUCUUCCUUGGACGACUGGGACGAUGAUGAUGAUGUUUUGCUCCCAAUCAAGAACAAACGUGUGAUUUUCGCUGACUCGUGCGGAUUGUCCCUAACAGCCGUGCGGGUGUUUUCUGACGAAGAGGAGCAGCCUGACCUUGACCUCCUGCCAUCGCUGCAGGGAUUGGGAAGCAUGACAGAGGAUGGCUACAGCUGCACCGUCAGCACCUGCUGCCCAGGAACGAGCCUCAAACUGGGCUUCCCGCAGCCUUCUGCAGAUUUCCAGGCCUUUCGUGCCAAGCUGGCAGAGAGCAUGGUUACCCUGGAGAACUGCAGCCUUACAGAACAGAUCGUCCAAGGUACCGUCCGAGUCAGGAACAUCAGUUUCCAGAAGGAUGUGCGUAUACGUAUCACCUUUGACUCGUGGCAGAGUUACAGAGACUUGCCCUGUACGUACGUGCAGAAACGCUUCGGAGGGCCUCAGACAGAUAUCUUUGAAUUUGAAGUAGCCAUUCCUAAAGUCCUAGAUGCCAAAAGGAAGAUAGAAUUCUGUUUAAGUUAUUUACCAGGAGGGCACAGCGAGCCGUUUUGGGACAAUAACAGCGGACAGAAUUACAGCAUUGCUGUGUGUGUGAGCUCACACCUCUGUCGCGGGAAGAAUCCAAGUGAAAGGGCAUGACUUACUCAAGCUGGAAAUGAUCCAGAUUUACAGACAUAAAACAGCGGUCAAGGGGAAAGAUGAGGUGGAUAUUUUUUUUUUUUAUUACAUUUGAAUUCAUUUUCAUCAUUUUUUAGACUUAGUAAGUGCUUUGUAUAAAAAAGUCUUUAAAACA